AUGAAUCAAAAAGUCGCAUUUGUUACUAUCUUGGUUGCGUUUUCCGUAUUCUUUAUCUGCUUUACAAAUGCUUCUCCAAUUGGAUUGUCACCUCGUUCACCCGGUGACCUCGCAUUCGCUGAUUUCACGACACCCACUUUUGAUGCUAAUAUAGUCACUGGUAGAGUCACUUUUACUGAACUUUUUGUCGAAACCGUCAGAAUAACUGGACAAUUUAAUACAGGAUUCAUUGAUCAAACUAGCAAAUAUGAAUAUCAAAUUUCCGGCAGUAAAAAGGAAUUAAUUUCUGGUAUCAUAAUUAAUCCACCUGGAAUUUCCCCAUUUCAAUUUGAUGUCGAAAAUACAACCAUACAAUUUUUUGUCGGGAAAAAAAUUAAAAUCUUCCGUAAUCGUGAAGUUAUUGGAAAGGCAACUAUCCAACAAAUUUAA